AAAUAAAACCUUGAAGAUGAAACUUGCUUUUGCUAUAUUGUUGUUGUUACCAGUAGUGUUUUCUAUGCCACAGAAAAGACUUGUUUUUGAUACCUUAUUUGAAACCAAUGAACUGAAAACAUUAGUAGACGGUUUAGUAGGUACAUUAGGUACAGAUGCAUCUGAACAGGCAUGUGAAACUGAAUGCCACGCACUCAUCACACAAGAUCACCUCCUACAAUUCGGAUGUCCACUGGUUUGUAAAAGUUUCCAGACUCUUGUUCACCGCUUCGGACAUCCAACAUCUGCUCCUAUGCCAAUGUCUACUUAAUUGUGAAGCAACAAAAAAUAAAUGAACAAGAUUUACUGCA